CGGCGCCGCGCCGGCGGGCGCCAUCUUGGCCGAGGGCAGCUGCGGCCUGACGGCGGCUUCAGCCCCGAGAGAGGCUUGGCUGAGGGCACAAACGCAACGGGGCGGAGGGGGAAAACCAGCACUAAAUCCACGCAGGAGCGGCUUAAACCCGUAACUGCUCCCGCGAGAGGCGGGACGGGAUUGAGGGGAACUGUCAGGGGAAUCCUGACAGUGCGGCGGCUCCGCGGGCUCUGCGCUGCCGCGCUCCCUGUGAGGCCAUGGGGAGGAUCGGGCUGCAGCUGCGCGCCACGCUGGAGAACAUCACCCGACUGCGGGCCGAGGGGGAGGAUUUCCGCUGGUACCUCAAGCUGAAAUGUGGGAACUGUGGUGAAGUUUCUGAAAAAUGGCAGUAUCUGCGAUUGAUGGACAGUGCUCCCCUGAAAGGAGGCAGAGGAAGUGCCACUAUGGUGCAGAAAUGCAAGCUGUGCUCCAGGGAGAACUCCAUUGAUAUUUUAAGUCAGACAAUCAAGCCUUACAAUGCAGAAGACAGCGAGAAAUUCAAAACAAUAGUGGAGUUUGAAUGCCGAGGUCUGGAACCAGUUGACUUUCAACCACAGGCAGGGUUUGCUGCUGAAGGUGCAGAAUCUGGCACACCUUUCAAUGACAUAAACUUGUUAGAAAAGGAUUGGAAUGACUAUGAUGAAAAAACAAAGGAAUCUGUUGGAAUCUAUGAAGUUACUCAUAAAUUUGUAAAAUGCUAAAGUUCAUACCCGUAAUAAAUCUUGACAUGCUUAUUGAUGAAGGAGCUGUAACCAUCCAAGACAGUUUCCUUGGAGUUACUUUUCACAUGGCUGUACUUCAAAAAUGUAAACCAAAGGUGUACUUACCGUCCCCAGCAUGGUGUAAUAAAAUAUUUUCCACAGA